UGCGACCAUGGCUGAAGAUCGUUGGCUGGCAGUGACUGCGAUGGCAACAAAAUGCCAGCAGUCCAAAGUUGACUACAUUUUCUUCCUUGAACAGGGAGGCUAAAAUGAAGGCAGAGGUUGGAAACAAGUGAGGAGCAGAGGAUUCUCAUGGAAAACUGCGGCAUCAUCUUCUUGACAUGCUGCUGCUACCUUUUUCUGAUAUCUUCUGCUCAGCUUCCACCCUUCUUGGCUGUUGGGAAGAACUUCAUAUGGAAUGUUAGCAGCGAAGGAUACAUCCUCCAAACUCAAUCGACUAACCCCACCUUUGCUUGUGGCUUCCAUAGUAAUGGCACCUCCUACUACUUCUCCGUCUUCAUGUCUGCUGAUCUAACUUCUUCAUCAUCAGAGAAUCAGACGGUGACGGUCUGGACUGCAAACCGAGACGAGCAUCUGGAUGCUAGCUCCAUCCUCAGGCUCUCUCAGGACGGUAACUUGGAGUUAGUUGAUGGAGGUCGCGAUGUUAUUUGGAAAGCAGGAACAGCAGAUAACUAUAAGAGUAUAACCGCCAUGAAACUCGAAGAGUGGGGAAACUUGGUGCUCCUUGAUGCGGAUAAUGCGACAGUAUGGCAGUCUUUUGAUCACCCCACGGACACUCUGGUUGGAAGACAUCAGCUGAAGGAUGGGCAGAAACUUACAUCUUCUUCCAGUUCUACUAAUGCCUCAUAUUUUGUCUCAACGAAAGACGGUGAUUUGAGCGCAUUCAUCGACGAUGGGACACCUCAGAUGUAUCUCCAGUUGAAGGAUUUCAGCAAAAGCGUACUUCGGUGCACUAACACUGGUCACUCCACUGGAGGGCUGCCUUGCAGACCAACUGUGGCCCCGUUCUUGAUCACAUUUUCCCUUUAUGGGAACAGUCCCAAGACUGUCAGAAAGACUGCGAAUCAUUUCAUAAAGCUGGAGUCUGAUGGACGGCUGAUGGUUUAUGAUUGGAACACUAAUGAGAAUGAAUGGAUGUCCUCUGAGUUGGGAAAUCCAUACUCAGAUGCAUGUCUGUAUCCCCUGAAAUGUGGCCGUUUUGGUGUUUGCAAGGACGGACAGUGCAGUUGCCCGAUCACUCCUAAAGGUGAAGACAAGUAUUUCAAGCACUUGGAUCCUCAACUUCCAGAUAAGGGGUGUGAAGGAGUCAAUUCAGUCCCUUCCUGCAAGAAGCCUAACGACGGGAUCUUAGUGGAUUUUGGCAACUAUUCUUCUUUCGCUUAUGUAGACCUCAGUACAGCAGCAGGUAAUAUAGGAACUCUUGAUUUAUGCCGUGAAGCCUGUUUGAACAACUGCUCCUGUAAAGCAGUCUUCUUCAAUUCUCAGAAUGGAAGUACCGGUGGUAAUUGCUACUUGUUCGACCAGGUCUUCUCAAUUAGAAUAGACCCAUUAUACAACCAGACCUAUACUUCCAGGGCGUUUUUCAAAGUAUCAAGACUGUCAAUAUCUCAACCUCAACCUCCUAUGUCUGAGUCACAAGGUGAAGGAGAACAGCAUAGGAAACACAAGUACGCUAAGGCCAUCAUCGGAAUUGCAGUUGGAUCAUUGGCGGUUGCGGUUUUUGUUGCUGGAAUUAUUGUGUUUCUAGUCAAAAGGAAGAGGGAAGAAGAAGAGGAUAAAGAGGAAGAUGAAUUGGACCAAUUGCCUGGAAUGAUGCCCAGGAGAUUUUCUUAUGAAGAGUCGAAGACGGCCACUGGGGAUUUUCAAAUGAUCCUCGGUCAGGGAGGGUUCGGUGCUGUUUUCCGGGGAGUCCUGAGCGACGGAAUCCAAGUUGCAGUGAAGAGGCUGGACAAUAAAGGGCAGGGGACAAAGGAGUUUGUGGCAGAGGUUCAAACCAUUGGCCGCAUCCACCACAUGAAUCUGGUAAGUUUGGUAGGUUUCUGUGCUACGAAAUCACACAGACUCCUGGUCUAUGAGUAUCUGUCCAAUGGCUCAUUAGAUAAAUGGAUUUUCCAUGAAAAUGAUAACCCAAAUCUUGAUUGGAAAACCAGGAUGAACAUCAUAAUCGGCACGGCAAAAGGGCUAUGCUAUCUUCACGAAGAGUGCUGUCAGAGAAUCGCGCAUUUGGACAUCAAACCGCAGAACAUUCUCUUGGAUGAAAGUUUCAAUGCUAAGCUUUCAGAUUUUGGUUUGUCUAAGCUGAUCAGCAGGGAUGAGAGCCAAGUAUUUACCACCAUGAGAGGAACCCCUGGCUACCUCGCGCCGGAGUGGCUGAGCGCCGCCAUAUCAGAGAAGGCCGACGUUUACAGCUUCGGAGUAGUGGUCAUGGAAAUUGUCUGUGGAAGAAAGAACCUGGACCCUUCUCAGCCUGAAGAAAGCAGGCAUUUACUGAAACUGCUGCAACUCUCCGCACAAGAGAACCAACUGUUAGAUCUUGUCGACAUGGUAAUCGAAGAAAAAUCACAUUAUGGAGAAGAUGCAAUGAGAGUAAUGAGGGUUGCAAUGUGGUGCUUGCAGGAUGAUCACACCAAGAGGCCUCCAAUGUCUCAGGUGGUAAAGGCUUUGGAGGAAGCCAUGGAUUUGGGUGGAGGCCACAUUGAUUUUGGCACUUUCCAUACAUUGGAGCCUCAAUCAGGACCUGAAACGCAAAGUGGAUCAGAAAUACAGAUGGGAACAAACGAUUCUCUUUUCCUUUCAGGUCCCAGGUGAAACCUAUGCUGUAUACCUAUUGGUUUUUUCCCCUUUCUUUCACCAAACUGCGUCACAAAAUCGUGUACUCAGUCUACUCCAGAAUUUAAUAUUCGAUGGUAUUGCUUUU